AUGAAGACCGACACUGAACUCGUGUCAGUCACUGCCCACUCCGACAGCCAAGCCGACGCAGAGGCAGCUCAUAAUUAUGCCAUCGACCCUGUCGCGGAAGCCAAGCUCCUUCGCAAAGUUGACUUGCGUGCCCUGCCCAUGAUCUUCCUCCUCUACUUCUUCACAUUCCUCGACCGGACGAACCUGGGGAACGCGAAAGUGGCAGGCAUGGAAGCGGAUCUGGGACUGAGCACCUACGGGUUCAACAUUGGAGCUUGCUUGUACUACGGCAUCUACUUCUUUGCCGACAUCCCCGCGUCAUUGAGCGUUAAGAAGUAUGGAAACAUCGUAUUACCGUUGAGCUGCAUCGCGUUCGGGAUCGUAACGCUCGCUACGGCCUUCAUCCAUAAUGAGGCGAGCUUCUUUGUCAUCCGACUGCUACUGGGCUUGACUGAGUCGUUUCAAUUUCCAGGGCUCAACUACGUCGUGUCGCGGUAUUAUCGCCGCAGCGAGGUGACGACCCGGAUCUCGUUCUUUAUGCUCGGCGCCGCUGGCCUGGCUUCAGCUUUCGGGGGUCUCCUUGCGUCAGGACUGCUGUCAUUAGGAAGCAUCGGAACUGUGAAUUCGUGGCGAAAUAUUUUCCUGGUCGAGGGUAUCAUCACCAUUGGCGUUGGCUUUCUUUCGCUCUAUCUCUUUCCGGCAGAUCCAUCGAAGACGCGAAUCUUCAACGAGACGGAGCGCAAAUUGGCCAUGGCUCGUAUCUUUCACGACCAGCCGGCCAUCCGCGAGCACAAGGAGCGAAUCACCUGGCAGCUGAUCAAGCGAGGCGUACUCAACGUCAAUGUCCUCGCCGGUGCCUGGAUGUACACUUGCAAUCAGGUCAGUGUCCAGGGUCUCUCAAUAUUUACAGUAACCAUCUUGAGGCUGAACUACCCGGAUCAUUCAACCGUGGGCAUCCAACUUCUAUCGGUGCCACCUCCGCUCGUGGGCCUCGUCUUUGGUCUCUGCCUCGCAUACGUCACGAUGAAGACUCGCAAGCAUGGAAUUGCCAUCGCCGGAUGCGCAGUACUGAAUAUCAUCGGGUACUCCAUAUGGCUGACCUCCAAGAACGUCCAAGCUCGAUAUGCCGCUAUCUUCAUCAAUACGGCUGGAGGUUUCGGAUUUGGGGUACUGGUUAUCAGCUGGACACUGGCCAAUGCCGCCCCCGAUACGGUACGCAACGUUGCGAAUGCCGCGGUGUCGGGUCUUGCCAACAUUGGUUCCAUCGCAGCUACUUGGAGUUACAUCAACACCGAUGCUAAGACGGGAUACCGGAUAGGUAAUAGUCUGAAUGUCAGUACUGCGGCGUCGGUAAUCAUUGUAUCAUUGAGUCUGUUGGCUUAUCAGACGUGGGAGAAUCGGAAGCGGGAAAGGGGUGGCCGUGAUUAUCGGCUACAGCACCGUGAUAAGGAGAUUGCCACAUUGGGGCAUCUGCACCCCGAGUUCAGGUACAUUCACUAG